UCGCACUUGCUCACUCCAAGGGUUACCUGUGACACCCUCGCAAUGACAACAGUGCCCAGCGAUAGCGGGCCACGUAAAGGGCGUUUGGAUGAUACCCUAACCGGACAUCUGUAAAAAGUUUUUCCUAGCUUGUGCUAAUUUUUUGAUGCUAUUCGUCAUUUUGGAGUCCCUUUGGAGUUACCUGGGCUGUGAACGAUCGGAAACUAAGCGAAGCGAGUUACUCAUCAGCUCUGCAGAUCGUUGCAUGAAACUGAGAGCGGGGCCGCAAUGAGUCGGAGAACAAGACGCUGGAUUUUAAGAGUUUUACUUUGUCUGGGAAUUGUUUAUUUGAAAAUUGGUGGCUUCUCGUCGGUGGUGGCCCUAGGUGCGAGCAUAAUCUGUAACAAGAUCCCCGGUUUGGCCCCCAGACAACGGAUUAUCUGCCAGAGUCGUCCCGAUGCCAUUAUCGUCAUCGGAGAGGGAGCCCAAAUGGGCAUCAACGAGUGUCAGUUUCAGUUCAAAAACGGGCGAUGGAACUGCUCUGCGCUUGGAGAGAGGACAGUCUUCGGAAAAGAGUUGAAAGUGGGCAGUAAAGAGGCUGCGUUCACCUACGCCAUCAUUGCCGCAGGGGUGGCCCAUGCCAUUACAGCCGCCUGUACACAGGGUAACCUGAGCGACUGUAGCUGUGAUAAGGAGAAGCAGGGUUUCUACAGUAAAAACCAAGGCUGGAAAUGGGGAGGCUGCUCGGCGGACAUCAGCUAUGGCCUGGGCUUCUCCAAAGUGUUUAUCGACGCUCGGGAGGUCAAACAGAAUGCGAGGACACUCAUGAACCUCCAUAAUAAUGAGGUGGGACGCAAGGUCUUGGAGAAGAGCAUGCGACUGGAAUGCAAGUGUCAUGGUGUCUCGGGCUCCUGCACCACCAAAACCUGCUGGACUACACUUCCCAAGUUCCGCGAGCUCGGCUACAUUCUCAAGGAGAAGUAUGCCCAUGCGGUGCACGUGGAGCCAAUCAAAGCCAGCCGCAACAAGCGCCCUAAAUUCCUCAAGAUCAAGAAGCCUUACUCGUACCGGAAGCCCUUGGAUACAGACCUGGUAUACAUAGACAAGUCACCUAACUACUGUGAGGCGGACCUCGUGUCGGGGAGCCUGGGGACACAGGGCAGGGUGUGUAACAAGACUAUGAUGCAGCACAUCAGCGGCUGUGACUUGAUGUGCUGCGGCCGGGGAUACAACACACACCAGUACUCUCGUGUAUGGCAGUGCAACUGCAAGUUCCUGUGGUGCUGUUAUGUCAAGUGCAACACCUGCAGCGAGAGGACAGAGGUGUACACAUGCAAAUGAGAAUAUUUAUUGGAUGGUGUGUGUGUGUGUGUGUGUCGUGUGUCUGAUGACGUAUGUGAGCGUGUAGGUUCAUGUCUUUGUGUUUUCAUGGACAAACUGGAACUGUUAAACUUUACAAGAAGGCUGUUAUUUCAGUCUACAUAAUGAGGACUUUCUGUACUAUGUGUACGGAAAGCUGGAGAUGGGGCGUCAUGAUUCUUUUGCACACAAAGCUCGUCACCCCUCUUCUGGGACUGUUGUGUUUGUUCGGGUGCCACAUCGAAAAAGUGUGACUUAACACUUUUAAGGGAAAAACUGUACCCUGGCAUGUGGGACCAGGUGCUAACAGUGGGAGCCAGUGAAGCAAGAUUUCAAGAAUUUUAAGCUAAAUGAACAUUUAGGAAAUGGACUUUGCCAAUGCAAAUGAAUGAUGGUGGAUGUGAUUGCUGGGAAGGACACGCUGCUGUGGUUCUCACACUGUGUGCAGAUGAAAUGACACAGCCAUUUGGAAUAUUUAACAUACUGUAUUUAGAGAAUGAAAAUAAUUAAUAUUAAUUUAUUCUAUAAAAAACACUACUGAUGUUGUCCAUUAUGGAUAAAAAUAACUAAAUGUUGGGAUUUAGUUUAUUAAAGUAAUCCGAGUUUGUCCAUACACUUGUUAACACACUGGAUUUGAAACUGCCUGGAAUAACGUUUUAGAAUAAUGUUGUUCCAGAUGAAACUGCUGUAGGCUGCUCACAUUGACCUUCUGACCCUCUCAUGAGUUUGUCUUCCCUCUGUUUGCUGCUAGUCUAGAGAAUCCCACUUGUUGAGGUUGAAGGCUGUACGCUCUACUGACUGUCUUCAAUGGCAUUGCUUACUUCAAGCUGAUUUAGCUUAACAGGAUUUAUUCACUGAUCAAAAACACAGGCACAUUUUUCCACUUUUGGUAAAUAUUGGUUCAUAGAGUAUAUUUUGUAAAAGCCUAUUUUUAUAUGAAUGUCUUAUUUAUAUCUUUUGCAUAUUCAAUGUCAAGUUCUGACUCUGGCACCUGUUUUUAAAUCCCUGUGAAAAAAAAGCUGGUAUAUGUUAAGUUGGCCCCUGCUGUCACUGCCAUAGUUGUAUAUUGUAAGUGAUAGAAAUUGUUUAUUUUUGUCUGUGCUCAAAUGUCUGUGUUUACUGCAUUUCAUGACUACUACUGAUGGAAUACAGGAACAGAAUAACACUAACAAGA